AUGUCAAUCCACAGACUCUACACCAAGGGCCGAAUUAUCGGGCACAAGCGAGGAAAGCGAAACUCCCGACCCAACCAGUCCCUCGUCCAGGUCGAGGGUGUUGACAGUCAGGAGGCCGCUAGGGCUUACUUGGGGAAGCGAGUUGCCUACGUUUACAAGGCCAAGCGAGAGAUCAACGGUUCCAAGGUCCGAGUCAUCUGGGGCCGAAUCUCUCGAUCUCACGGUGGUAACGGUGUCGUCAAGACCAAGUUCCGAACCAACCUCCCCGCUAAGACUUUCGGUGCCUCUUGCCGAAUCGUGAGUAUUCACUGGGCGUGCGAUGAAGCGAAAGGCUAA